CCAAAAUUCAGGUUUGUUUAUGAGCUAGAGACUUGUGAUUCGCGGACAGACAGACGAACGGACGCACAGACAGACGGACAGCAGAAUGACAUUAAUGGGGCUCCACUUUUACCCUUAGGGUACGGAACCCUAAUGAAACGGGCCGAAUUGAGAACCUCCUCCUUUUUGGAAGUCGGUUUCAAAGAUUAUAUUUUAUUUUUACUUUUCAUAUUACUGACACUGACAUCAAGUUUUUCUGUUUGUUUGCGUCUUUGUAUGUUAUCGAUCUCGUUCUCGAACAGGAAGAUUUCACAUCAAAUACAAGUCUUAACAAUACAAAAGUGUUUCGGGAGUGUGUGCCGUAACUAGCGUACCUCCCCGAGCGUAUCUACCGUAGCGUACCUCCCCGAGCGUAUCUACCGUAGCGUACCCGAGCUGAGGAUGGACAUCGUGUACACGUACACCAAGAAGCGCAGCUCGUUCGGCCGCCAGCCGCUGUUCUGCGAGCAGGGCCCCGAGCUGUGCGACAGCCUCGCCGCCGCGCCGCCGCUGCAGCGCGACUACGUGCUGCGCAACCCCGUGCACCAGCCCGCGCAGCACGCGCCGCGCUACUCCGAGCACGUCGUCAACACCGUCAGAGCCGAGUACACGACGACCGGAGCGAAUCACGCGGAAGGAGGCUGGCCGAAGGACGUCAACGUCCUCGACCCCGAGGCCACUCAGCGCUAUCGGAGGAAGGUCGAGAAGGACGACCCUUACGUUCACUGCGUCAUGUCGCUGUCGUCGCGGAUGGAGCACUACAUCAUGCAGAACAACGCGAUCGACAUGUACCGCGCGUACUACGCCGAGAUGUGCGCCGCGCCGCCCGUGGAGCGCGGCGCGUGUCGCACCGUCAACGUGUACCGCGACGCGGCGCCGCGCGCCCGCGCCGUGCGCGCGCUCAGCUGGCAGCCCGACGGCGGCGCGCGCUUCGCCGUCGCGUAUGCCGCCGUGGACUUCCAUCUGGCGCCGCGCGCGCCGCUCAACGCGUGCGUGUGGGACGUGGAGCGCGCCGCCGCGCCCGCCGCCACGCUGCUGCCGCCCGCGCCGCUGCUCGCGCUGCAGUUCAACCCGCGCGACGGCGACGUGCUGGCGGGCGGGCUGGCCAGCGGACAGGUGGGCGUGUGGGACUGGCGGCGCGGCGGUGCGCCCGUGGUGCUGUGCGCGCCGCACGUGGCGCACCGCGGGCCGGUGCGCAGCGUGCUGUUCGUCAACUCCAAGUCCGGCCGGGAGUUCUUCUCGGGGGCGUCCGACGGCGUGUGCAAGUGGUGGGACAUGCGCGACAUGGGCGCGCCUACCGACGAGAUGAUCAUGGACGUGGUCGAGUCAUCGUCCGACGCGCAGAGCGCGGCCCGCGCCCACGGCGUCAGCGUCAUGGAGUACGAGCCCACGAUCCCGACGCGCUUCAUGGUCGGCACCGAGGACGGCCUCGUCAUCGGCGGCAACCGCAAGGGCAAGACGCCCGCGGAGAAGUUGCCGUUAAAGUUGGACGCACACCUGGGGCCCGUGUGGUCGCUGGAGCGCAACCCUGGCUUCCUGAAGAACUUCCUGACGGUGGGCGACUGGACCGUGCGCGUGUUCAGCGAGGAGUGCCGCGAGUCCGCCGUGCUGUGGUCGCCGCCGCUGCGCCACCGCGUCACCGCCGCCGCCUGGAGCCCCACGAGGCUGUCGCUGCUGCUGGCGCUGCAGGACGACGGGCGGCUGGCGGCGUGGGACCUGCUGCGGCGCCAGCACGCGCCCGCGCUCGCCGUGCGCGUGUGCCCCGAGCCGCUGCUGCGCGUGCAGUUCCACGAGGGGGGCGCGCUGGCGGCGUGCGGCAGCGGCGCCGGCCACGUGUACCUGGUGGAGCUGGCGCCGAGCCUGGCGCGCUCCGACAAGAACGACAAGGCGCUGCUCACCGCGGUGCUGGAGCGCGAGAGCAAGCGGGAGCGCAUCCUAGAGACGCGGCUGCGCGAGAUCCGGCUGCGGCAGAAGCAGGCGGAGGAGGGCAGCCUGGCGGCGUCGGCGUCGUCCGUGGAGCGCACGGCCGGCGACCGCGACCUCGCGGACGCGGGCGCCGAGUACGCAGCGCUGGUCAAAAAGGAGCUCGCCACCAUGUAGCCGCCGCGCCGCACUUCAAUCAAUUUUAACAUCAAA